AGAUGGCGGCGGCCCCGCUGUACUGUGUCUGCCGGCAGUCUUACGAUGUUAGCCGGUUUAUGAUUGAAUGCGACAUUUGUAAUGACUGGUUUCAUGGCAGCUGUGUCCAAGUGGAAGAGCACCAUGCCGUGGACAUCGAUGUUUACCACUGUCCCAAAUGUGAUGUCCAACACGGACCCUCCUUGAUGAAAAAACGUAACAACUGGCACCGGCAUGACUACACAGAGCCUGACGAUGGCAGCAGGCCGGUGCAAGCAGGGACCUCUGUGUUUGUAGGAGAGCUGCAGAACAGGACCUUUCCCAGUGCGGAUGAAAUCAUGGUACAGAUGCAGGGCCAUCAGGUAACACAGAAGUACCUGGAGAAGCAGGGCUUCCGCUACCCCAUCACCGUUCCCAAACUGGAUGGACUUGGUCUCAAGCUGCCCCCCUCCAGCUUCUCUGUAAGGGAUGUGAAGGAGUACGUUGGUGGUGACAAAAUCGUGGAUGUUAUUGAUGUUGCCAGACAGGCAGACAGCAAAAUGAAGCUUCGAGAGUUUGUCAAGUAUUACUACAAACCUUAUCGGCCAAAGGUGCUGAACGUGAUCAGUCUGGAGUUUUCAGACACCAAGAUGGCAGAGCUGGUGGUGGUGCCUGAUAUCGCUCAGAAGAUGUCCUGGGUUGAGAACUACUGGCCAGAUGACUCCUUCUUCCCCAAGCCUUUUGUCCAGAAGUACUGCCUGAUGGGGGUGAAGGACAGCUACACAGACUUCCACAUAGACUUUGGAGGCACAUCCGUGUGGUACCACGUACUCUGGGGAGAGAAGAUCUUCUACUUGAUCAAGCCAACACAGGCUAAUCUUGCACUAUACGAGGCGUGGAGUUCCUCCCCCAACCAGAGCGAGGUGUUCUUCGGUGACAAGGUGGACAAGUGCUACAAGUGUGUGGUGCCGCAGGGAACCACUGUCCUCAUCCCAACAGGAUGGAUCCAUGCUGUUCUCACCUCUCAGGACUGCAUGGCGUUCGGAGGGAACUUCCUCCACAAUCUCAACAUAGGCAUGCAGCUUAGGUGUUAUGAGAUGGAGCGGCGGUUGAAGACUCCUGACCUAUUUAAAUUCCCUUACUUUGAGGCCAUCUGCUGGUAUGUGGCAAAGAAUCUACUAGAGACUCUAAAGGAGUUACGAGAGGAUAACUGCCAGCCCCCAGCCUACUUGACAGAAGGAGUGAAAGCCUUGAUUACUGCACUGAAGAACUGGCUGAAGCGAGAGGUCACAGAGCCGGCCAGCGAGGUCCCGGACCAUAUCAGACCCAACCGUCUAAUUAAAGAACUCACAAAGGAAAUCCGCUACCUGGAGGAGGAGCAGCAGAGUGGUGCUGGAGGUAGCAAGCCAAUGAAAUCUCAGGGAAGUGGAGGAUGCCCGCUGACGCGGUCGACUCUGGACCGGGCUAGCCAUCAUGCUCGCAGGACUGCCAGACGGCUACGGCACCACCACCAUCAUCACCACGCGCCCAAGACGCCCUCCAACCUGGAGAUCCUGGAGCUGCACACGCGACAGGUGCUCAAGAGGCUGGAAGUGGGACCCUUUGAGGAGGAUGCCCCGUUCAGCUCCACGGUGACGGCCAAGUUCAACAAGGCAUCUGUGGCAUCUGCUGCAGCUGUGGAGCGGAGCCUGGACAACAACCUACGUCUGGUGAUGUGCCACGGCCGGAUUAUCAGAGAUGAGCGUUGUCACACCAAGGUGAAGAAUAGUCCGGUGUGGGAAGGUGAGAGGACUGGUGGCCACCAGUUGGGAGGGGUCCUGGUGAAAACAGAAGUCAAUGACACCAUGCAGGAACAGCACAGAGACCUAGCGAGAGGGGAGAUACCGAGCUCUCUCAGCAGUGAGUCUAACUGGUCAAGUCACCGGCUGUCAAUCAACGGUUUAGAGUUUUUCGAAAGAGUGAAUUCCGAUCUGAGGAAAGGAACUGCGGUGUACUCCGACAUCUCAGACUCUGAGUCCGAAGAGCGUUGCUCUACACAGAAAAGGGACUCUGGGAAGGAUUCAGGGAGCUCAGAUGAAGAGGAUAAGGAGCUGUGCAGGACGGAGCGAGGCACAGGCAGUGUGACGGACCUGCAGCAGGCCAGCCAGGCCCUCAGCCACCACCACAAACCACUCGAAGGAGAACAUCCUACCUCGCCAACCACAGAAGAGGAGGCUGUUGAGGGCAUGCUGUCCAUGGCAGGGCUGCUGUACCCUCAGCGACCAGAGGAGAGUAGCACUGCCCAGGAGCCCUGGUGGUCCAGCCCAGCCCAUCGCUCCCCUGACCGUGGUGAAAGAGAGCCUGCGUCAGGGGAGGAGAGCCAGGAUUCAGACAGCAACUCCACACUGAGCCUUCAGGAUGAGCGGAGGGCCCAGCAGCAUGUGCGUAAGGAGUGUCGAGCUGAACUCAGCCAGAGGAUCCAGGAGAACAAGAACUUCAUGGACAGUCAGAGCAGUGGGAGUAACAGCAGCGAGGCCUGGGGGGACCAGAGCCCCUCUCGGGCUGCCUCUAGCCCCCUCUGCCUGGACCCCAGCCCAGGGACUGACUAUCAGUACUGUGAGACCAAUCUGUCACCCCCCCUGCACCCCUCCAAGAGGUCCGCCCCAAACACCCCACCCAUCAGUAAUCAAGCGACUAAAGGAAAACGUCCUAAGAAAGGUAUGGCCACCACCAAGCAGAGACUGGGGAAGAUUCUCAAGCUGAGCAGGAACAACCACUUUUUGCUAUAGCACUCAAGACCCUUAUGUCCCCAGUAAAAACUUUAAGGGACAACUCGACCCCUGCCAAUAUACUGAGGAUGCGUCUCUUUCAGCUUCGACUCUCACAUUCUAUCAAAAAUCAUCGCUUGGAUGGACUGCCCUGAAUCACUGACUCCACAUGCUAGAUGACAAAGACAUGAGCGAGCGCACCGUUUGCCAUAGUGAAGUGAUGGUUCCGCUGUAAAAACAACUGCAUGGAUUCUCAGCAGUGACAUUGGAUUGUAUAUGUUCUAGUCAUCAAAAGAGAGUCACAGUAAAUUUGGCUUUGUUUCAGAGUUGAAGCACCGCAACAACACAGGAUUGUCCAAAGAUGCAUGGCAGUGGGAAUUUAAAUUACGUCUUUUGAUACAACAACUUUGCAUCUGAGCCACACGCUUUUGUAUCUGUUUUGGCUGGUGCUUUACCCAAGGCUUGCACUAGCCCUUCCAACCAACACGACUUGUUAUGCCACGACAAGCAAAACAUGUUGUGCUUAAGCCGAGAAUGGCAAGUGAAGAUGCUGCUUUCUGCUACCUGGUUUUCAUCACCUCUUUGGAUGAUUGUCUUGUGUUAGUCUGACUGAAGAGCAAGAAUGGUGCUAUGGUGUUGGAACAAAUUUGAAAUGGUGCUAUAGUGUAUAUUCAUGCUAUCCUUUUUGCCUAGCCUCCUGUCACGAUCACAACAGUGAUUGCAUUUGAGAGAGGGGGGAGAUAUUUUGAUGCAGCACUCUAGUCACCUUGCCUUAUCAGCCUCCCAGUAUGUAAAAAGCUAUCUAUGAAUCCUAAUGCAUUAAGCCAUUCCAAAAAAUACCUCUCCCACCACAUUAAGAGUACUGCUUCUGUUUACUAAAAGAGUUACGAUCCUUAUUGCUCUAUAGUUGAUCACUCUAUCGUUGAUCCUAUCAAAUGUGUUCCUUUGGUGCCAUCUAUUGGUCAAAUUAGGGCAGGAGCUUGAGAGUGCUGUUAUUAUUAAAGGUUUCUGAAAUUGCAAAAAGCUUUUAUAUAAAGUAAAAAAUGUACAGAAUUUAUUUACAGAAAAUAAGUUAUCCAUAAUUUAUUUCUCUUUUGGUGUUUAUUGUUCUGUUUCUUUUGCUGGUAUUGAAUUCUGUAUUGAGGGGGGGGGUUAAUGACUAUGACAAUCCUGUUACGAUGGAUAGUGUAACGGAUGUGGGAUUUUCUUCCCUAAGAUGUUGUAUACUUUGCCUCUUACAUUUGUAUGGGUGGAUUUCAGCAAAAAUCUACAAAAGAUUAUACACAUUUCCUAUCUUCUAGUUGGGCUAAGUGUGAUACUUUGAUUAAAAAAGAUUGGUCAAGAACAUUUGGCUGUUUAUGAAAUUGAAAGAAUAUUUAUUUUUUUAUAAAUGUGUCAAAGGAAAAAUCCACUCAACUGUAUUUUGGCUUUUAAUUUCUCCAUUGGUCCACUGUUGAUACAGUCCCAAAAUGUUUUGCAUGUCAGCAGUCAAGUUUUCAAGAUAGGAUUUUCAA